AUGGGCAAAUCGAAAUGGCGAUGGGGCGUCAUCUUUGACGCAGGCUCCUCGGGCACGCGACUGCACAUUUAUCGGUGGAAGGACCCCGCGAGAGCAAUUCACGAUGCAGAUGAUGAAGACUUGGUGCGCCUGCCAAAGGUCAAGACGGACAAGAAAUGGACCGAGAAGAUCAAGCCCGGCAUCUCGACAUUUGGCGACAACCCAGAAGAUGUCGGCGAAUAUAUGAAGGCACUCGUUGAGAAGGCCGUCGCAAUCAUUCCCGAGGAAAAACAUGCCGACACGCCCAUUUUCCUCAUGGCCACUGCGGGCAUGCGUCUCUUGUCGCCACUCCAACAAAGAGCCGUCUUGUCCGAGGUUUGCACGUACUUCCGCCAAAAUACACAAUUCUCCCUUCCCGACUGCGACAGGCAUAUUCAGGUCAUUCCAGGCGAAACGGAAGGCUUGUACGGUUGGAUAGCCGCCAAUUACUUGCUGGGCGGGUUCGAUAACCCAAAGGGACACGAGCACGGCAAUGGUCACCACACCUACGGAUUCCUUGAUAUGGGCGGCGCAUCGGCCCAGAUUGCAUUUGCGCCCAACAGCACCGAGGCCGAAAAGCACGCAAAUGACCUAAAGCUUCUCAGAUUACGGACAAUGAAUGGCGCCCCAUCCGAGUACAAGGUCUUUACUACCACAUGGCUGGGAUAUGGUGUGCAUCAGGCUCGGCAACGAUAUGUUGAGAAACUUGUCGAAACGUAUCUGAUCGAAGAUGAGCACGAGGUACCAGACCCCUGCAUGCCCAGAGGCCUGCGGACGACCGAGAACGGCGAGCAAAUCAAGGGAGUGUCCAAGAAACUGGAGCUGGUAGGCACGGGCGACUUCCAGGGCUGCUUGAAAAUGACAAGGCCGCUGCUUGGAAAAGAUGUACCAUGCGAGGAUGAGCCGUGUCUGCUGAAUGGCCAGCAUGUCCCAGGAAUCGACUUUGAUGUAAAUCACUUUGUGGGCGUCUCCGAGUACUGGCACACCACGCAUGGGGUUUUCGUAGAGAAGGGCGAGAAAGCAUACGACUACAAUACAUAUCAAAAGAAGGUAGACGAGUUCUGCAGUCAGAGUUGGAGCGAUAUCGAGGCUACAACCACCCGAAAGAAGGACCAUUCCAAAGAGGCGCAGGAGGCGUGCUUCAAGGCCUCAUGGCUGAUCAAUGUACUUCAUGAAGGAAUCGGCGUCCCACGCGUUGGUAUUGAGGAGACGCCCAACCCCGAUAUCAACGUCACAAAGAAUAUCGGAGAGGCAGCACAGGAGAAAGGUUUCCUCGACGCAUUCCAAGCAGUAGACAAGAUCGACGACAUUGAAGUGAGCUGGACGCUGGGACCAAUGGUGCUCUACGCAGCUGGUCAGGUACCGCCCUCGGACGGGACCGACAAGCAUCCCGUUGGAUUCGGCAGCAACGUCAAGGGCAUCCCCAAGGACUUUCAGUACGCCGGUUCGAAUUGGACGGCGCUUCCCUUGCAAAGCAGCGGAGACGAAGACUGGGAUGAUCUUGCCGACGAGUUGGUCGACCACGUAAAAACCAGAUCUGGCUCCGGAUUCCUGUUCUUUAUCCUGAUCGCUCUCUUCAUUGGUUACCUCUUCCGCCGCAAGGACCGCAGAAUGCGCGUAUAUGGCAAAGUCAAUUCUUUGUUACGGCGCCACCAAAGACGACCUGGAAGCCCACGUAGCAAGCCGAACCGCGGCCUGGCGGCUUUUACAAACAAGAUCUUUGGCAGGAAUUCGCAUACCUACGAGCGCGUUUUGGAGGACGGUGAUGCGGCCCAAUUUGAGCUGGGCGAUGUCGACUCCGACGAGGGUGAGAACUCGGACGGCAGCGGAGCCACUCGCCAGGGACGGACGUCUGGUUUGGCCACACCCAAGCUCAAUGUCAUGGGAUCCUUUGACGAUCUGACCAAGUCGGCACACCCUGGGAGUGCCCUGGACCGGACCGGACUGGUCGUGCGAACCGAAAGCCGCGAAAGGCUUACCCCUCAAUUGCUACAUGCCGGCAGACGGAGUCGAGCGGGCAGUCCCACGAGGAUAAAGAGCCCGUUGAUGGGUCCGCUCAAUGAAGACUAA